GUCACCGCUAAUAACCAUGCUGUUUAUAAACUUUUAAUAUUUUCCGUUUACAGCUAUAGUAAGUAUUAUUUGAUACUCUUACAAAAACAAUUAGACAUAACAUCUUUUGAAUCGGAAUGCGAACUUUGUCCGAAUCCAAACUUUGGUCCUCACUCAAUUAUACUAGAAAAGGCCCCUCCACCCAUUUUGGGUAAGAUUCCGACACGUGUCAAUCCAUCAUUCGUCCUCUACUCCUUUUGGAUAGCUUUAUAGGAUAUCGGAGAGAGAAUGCGAUUUCACUGCAAGAACCAAAACCCAAAAUCACUUAAACAAAAGCCAUCAAAUAUACUCCAUGGGCAAAGAGAGCUGGAACAUGGCUGCGACCCUUUGUGAUUCCUGCAAAACGACGUCGGCCGCUUUGUUCUGUAGAGCAGACUCCGCCUUCCUCUGUAUACCAUGCGACGGCAAGGUCCACGCGGCGAACAAGCUCGCGUCUCGCCACGCGCGUGUGUGGAUGUGUGAUGUGUGUGAGCGAGCUCCGGCGAGUUUCACCUGUAAGGCGGACGCUGCCACCCUCUGUGUUACCUGUGACCGCGAUAUCCAUUCAGCAAACCCCCUCGCCCGCCGUCACGAGCGGUUUCCGGUGGUGCCAUUUUAUGAUACUGCAACUGCCGUGUCGAAGGUAGGUGGUGGAGGUGAUCAUAAUGAUAAUGAUAACAACGACCACCAUUUCCUAUUGGAUUUUGAUGUUAACGUAGCCGGAACUGAAGCUGAAGAAGCGGAGGCUGCUUCCUGGCUUAUCCCAGAUCCAAAUUUAAACAAAAUCGUCGAUGGAUCUGAGGAUGAUAAUAAAUCGGAGUACUUGUUUAACGAGAUCGAUCCUUACCUUGAUAUAGAUCUGAAAACGCCGGAUCAAAAGCCUAAUCAGAUCAUUCGCAGAUACAAUUCCCCAACCGAUGGAGUUGUUCCGGUGCAAAACAAGAUCGAAAAUCGCAAUUACCAGAUGCCACCACAUGCACAUGCUUCUUCUCCAGAUGUAGUCGAAGGAUUACCUGCAUAUGACGUCGAUUACACCGGAUCUAAGCCUUUCAUGUACAACUUCACCUCUCAAUCCGUCAGCCAAAGCGUAUCAUCAUCUUCACUGGAAAUCGAAGUAGGCGUCGUACCGGACCACAACGCAGCCAUGGCGGAUGUAUCAAACAACCACCACCACCACCAAUCGUUACCGGAAGUAUAUCCGACUCCUGUGUCGGGUUUCGAUCGUGAAGCCAGGGUUUUAAGAUACAAAGAAAAGAGGAAGAACAGGAGGUUUGAGAAAACGAUUCGAUAUGCUUCGAGGAAGGCAUACGCAGAAACUAGACCCAGAAUUAAAGGAAGAUUUGCCAAGCGAACUGAAAUCGAUCUAGAAGUUGAGGAUACCUUCAUCUCCCCAGAUUCCUCAUACGGCAUCGUUCCAUCCUACUAAUUAUGUUUUUCUUUUUCAUUUUUUUUUUCGUCUAUGUCUUCUUUGUUAAUCCAUGUGUAUAUAUAUUAGAUGACCUCUUAAUCAAGUACUAUUUAUAAUAACUAUAAGAGGAAAGUCUUUUAACGUAAACUAAAGUGGUAUUUAGCCUAACUGGAAUCUAAUUGAGUUUCGAACUGAUCAUGGGUUUGGAAAUUGAAUGUGUUUAGUGGAAUACUCUCAUUCUCAUUAGUCAAAAUUCCAGCCCAUCAGCCCAAUGUUACUAUAGGUUUGUGAUGAUAAAUGGGGAGUAUGACCUAGAAGAAGG